AAAACAGUCUCCGGCUGAUAAUUCUAUAAAUCAUUAUUAUGAUAAGCGCGUCGUGUGCUUGUUCACAUCAUUUUCUAACUGUGACCAUAAAUUUCUUACAGAUGGGCGCUCUUUCAAAACUGGCUCAUUCUUUGGGGCAGCCCAUUUUAACUGCCACCUGCUAUGAAACUAUUCAUACAUGGAACCCUGAUUGCAAUGGAGCUUUUUUUGAUGCAUUACCGGUUGGACUUAUUUUUUCACUCAAGACUUAUGCAUCGUUUUAUUUGAUCACAAAUGUAGUUUCGAAACGCGGAAGACUAGACAAGAUUAAUUGGAAGAAAUUCGGAAUUGAUGUUUGCCAAAGCUCUCUCUUCUUGGUUACCAAUAUGUGCUUUUUCUUAAUUUUACUGUGCAAAUUUAGAAAAUGGCUUGGAUUUUUUACUCCAAUUACAAUGGGUUUGGUGUCAAGCAUAUUAGCAUCUGGAAUUGCAAUUCUUGUUGAGAAAAAAUCACGAAGGCCAGCCUUAGCUUUAUACUUAAUCAAUUUGGCAUCGGAAACAUACUACAGACAUUUAGCAAAUCAUGGUUAUGUAACAAUGCACACAUAUGGAGAAUGCAUCCCAUUUGGAAUUGGACUCAUGCUAUUCACUUGGCUGCAGAGCAUUGGUAGGCUCCCGAAAUCUUUUAACGGAUUCAUGAAUGUCGCUUUGAAGUCAAAUGUAUCGGAAAAUUUGAUAAACGAGAAGAAAAUUCCAGACAAUUUUAGAUUGUUUUUGGAAAAAUUGAGAAGUGAUUAUAAGAAAACUGAACUAUGCAAUCAUCCACAUUCUUGCGUUAGCCACUCAGUAGAAAGUUUUGCUAAAAAUAUGACAUUUGGAUUAACAGCAAGCUCGGUGCUUACUGUAAUUAGAAAUGUACGAACAAUUAUCAAAAAUCCAUUGAAUCUCAUCACACUACUGGUAUCUAAAGAAAAUCUGAAACUUCCACUCUUUGCAGGCUUUUUACCAUUUAUUUUCAAUGCUACUCGAUGCUCUUUAAAUCGGGUUAAAUACGUUCCUCCGGUGCUCAAUAAUGUAUUUUCUGCUGGUUUGGCAUCAGUUGCAAUGGCCUUCUAUCCCACUGUCAGUAUUGCUAUGUAUUGUCUCUGGAAAGCAAUUGAGACGGUAUAUUUCGAUCUAGUUGAUCGAGGUUAUUUGCCAAAAUUCAAAAAUGGAGAAGUAAUUCUUUACGCAAUCACGACGGGUUACGUUUUAUGGAACGCUGUUGUUGAACCUAGAGCAAUUCGAAGAGGAUACCUCAACUUUCUUUUUGGACUUGUUGGUGGAAAGAUCUCGCUUUUCAAUCGACGUCUCUACGAUCAUUUUGGCUUUGUUUCUCGAGAUGUUUACACGAAAAUUCCAGAAUUCGAUCCUAAAUAUGCAAUGAUUAAUCCUAUGCUUUACAUGCCACUUGUUGAAUAGUUUUUGAUCUAAUAUUUGAAAAAAAACAGGUGUAAUAUAAAAAAAAUAAAUUUAAUUUUUAAUUUGAAUUUUCCGAUUCAGAUUUUAGAAUUUAAUUUUCUUUUGUUCACUAUCUGAAAAUGUGAAAAAAAUAAACAAAGUGAUUUUGCGAGU